CACCGUGAAAUUCUUGACCUCAUGUGCUACAUUAUGACCCCAUUCCAAACUUUUCUUACUCAGCCACAAGGACAAGAGAAACAUCCCCAGCUGGUGGGAAUCGGUGUACACGAUACGCAUGAGUUUCGUCCUGGUGGUAGUUGGUGCCACUACGAUCUUCGGAAGCUGUGAAAGUGCCUCUCUCAACGAGAACGUUUCUUCCUCUUCGUUCAAAGCCAAACCGCACAAUGAUGCGCAGUCGACCAGCGAUAUCGAACAGCUGCUAAGAAAGCAUGGAGUAGCUUCAGAUACCAGCAAGAACGAUGAACAAGGAGCAGGAGGAACUUUGCCGGUUCUGAGGAAUUCAUUUUCUGAAAAGAUGCUCGCUAACAAGGCUGCCACACUGACAAAGAGCAAGUCUGUAUCUGAAAUUUCCAGAAUGAACGGCGCAGCGUUUGAUCUAGCUGCAAAAAGUAACCUGAACGUAUUGUACAAGAAAAUCGAAGAUAUGGGGUUUAACCCAAAUGGGAUGAAACUGGGAAUGCUCAAAUGCACUGGAAAUAUGCAGCUCGACAUUGAGGAAAGUAUUAUGUGGGCAGCCUACACAAAGUACUGGAAGGAUAAAUAUCCGUUCUGGAAAAGCAAGUUGCAAAGGUAA